AUGAAUUCAUCAACCAAUAAGGGUACACAGGAUGUGAAGGCACCAAACCAAAUGGAAAGUGUGAAUUACGAAUCAUCAGUUGGACAAGGACAAGAACAAAGACCUGUAGAAGUAAUUCAUCAGCCACAAAUUCAAUCAAACACUAGCGGUGGUGUAUUAGCUAAUGCUGCUGCCUCUGUUGCAUCCACCCUUGAGUCCGCCAAAAGAGCUAUUUCACGGAAAUAACUCCAUAA